CUGACGAAGCUGCUGCUGACCACCCAAGUGAACGCCGCCCGCCACCGCAACGAGCUCGGCGCCUCCUCCUGCAUGUUUACCGCCCCCGACGUCCCGCCGCUCAUCGACCCCUCCUGCGGUCCUGCCCACGUCUUCCCGCUCGCGCUCAAGUCCACCACCGCGCUCCGUGCCCAGCGCCGCCGCCGCUUCCACGCGCUCGCCGCCAAGUGUGGCCUCCUCUCCAGCCCCUUCCUCGUGUCCCUUCUCAUCGCGUCCUACGGCACACACGGCGGCGGCAGUGGCGGAGCCUUCUACGAACUCACCCGCCGCAUGUUCGACGAAUUGCCCGCCCGCAACGCCGUCGUUUGGGCCUUGGGGCGCCAUGGUCUCAGGUCCACGCCCGGGCGGGCGACCUCAUGGACGUCGCCUCCACCGCCUCCUGCUUCAACACCGUGAUCGCUGCGGUUGCUGAGUCCGGGGAACACCCAGCCCAAGCCAUCGAGGUAGUGGGCACCACGAUGGACGCAUUGACGUCGGUCAAGGAGGUGCACGGCUUUGCAGUGCGGCAAUGCAUGUGCGCGAUCGAGAUCCCACAUUGGUAGCUCCCUCAUCGAAGCAUAUGGGCGUUGCGGUUCUUUUGCUGCCACUCAGAGUCUCAGAGGGUCCUCAACCAGGUUCAUGUUCGGGACGUGGUUGUUUGGAGCUCUCUGGUUUCAGUUUACGCUUUCCAUGGUCGUGCAAUCUCGCUUUUCCAACACAUGGAGGACCAGGAGAUAUGGAGUGGGAGCUUGUGCAGAUCAUUAUUCGUGCAUGGUGUAGACGUCUACAGCUACAUCAAGCUUAUGAACUUAUACGGACAAUGCCAGCAGUAAAGGUUACAGCAAAAGCCUGGGAGCUCUUCUUGCUGCAUGCAGGAAGCAUGGGGAUGUGCGGUUGGCAGAGGUUGCCGGGAGAGCAUUGCUUGAGAUCGAACCAGAGAAUGCAUGAAAUUUUGUUUCGCUUGCAAACAUCUACUCGGAUCGUGGCAUGCAUGAGGAUGCAGAGCGGGUGAGAAGCAAGAUGGAGCAACGUGGCGUGCAGAGACUGCCUGGUAGCGGAUGGAUGACACAUCACAAAUGAAGCUGUUAAAUGCAAUGUCCGAUAUUUUUUUCUACUCUAAUGUGGUCUUUUAUCAAAAAUGAGGCAGUCAAUUCAGAAGUGUCAUCGUUGGUUCACGGCGAAAAGGAGGGGCAAAGACCUAAAUACAAGCAUCCACACAUGCCAAGAAGAGAAAACUAGAAAAGAUCUCGCCCAUAGGAAAAACAAAAGUGACCUCAACUUGGACAUGGGGGACACCUUAUUCAAAUCAGUUAACUUUCUACUAUCUCACAUACAUUUCCUAUAUCAUUUUUCAAUCUGGUACUGGUAUGGCAUGAACUAUUCUUGAAAAGCAAAUGUGAGUAUCAGCCAAAAGACUCUGUUCUAUGACAGUAAUCAAUCUAUUUCCUUUCUGGCAACAUCAUUUCCCAUCAGCACACAUGGUAUGUUGGUAAAUCAUUUCAAAGGACAGUAGUUAUAGCACUGUUGGCAGUGCACUUAGCUUUAGUCUGUAUAUGUGUUGGUUCCACAAUCCACAUUACAAUUAUUUGAAAGGCACUGAGAUUAACAUUUAGGAUUGCCCACUGAAUUUGUUGGUUCCUUCUGCUGGCUAAAAUAUAUUUUAUUAGGUCAGUUUUGAUGGGCCGGGGGCCUACCUUUAGCUUUGUAAUGGAAAUUUCUUCUACCUUUAGCUGUUAGUGUUAGUGCAUAGCGCUAUGAUGCUAACUUCCACACAUAUUAAGAGUAUGGACAAUUACAAAAAAAAUGUAUAUUAUAUGGCUAGUCAAAGUUGGCGCAUUAAGGAAGAUCCUUAAUAUCUUUCCUGCUAUCCUUAAUCCAUGUUGUCUAGUAUUUAAAAUAAAUAUAAAUUAUUGAAGAGUACGUUUUGACAUAACCCUUACAUUAGUGAUGUUGGUAUGUGUCUGAGGUGUGAAAAUAGCAACAUGUUUUUUAUAUGCAUAUUGUAUACUUUCGGAAAAGGAUGCAUUGUUUCAGUCACCAUCCUAGGCCGUGGGAUCAAUAGUUCAAUACCAAGCAUUUGAACCCAUAAGUAGUUGGACGAUGAUUCAAGGUCAGUGACUAUUUCAUAAGCACUUGAAUGAAAGCAAAAAAAAAGUUUUUAUACUUUUUAGCAUCUCUAGAUUAUGCUAAUACUUUGUAUAAAUCUGAAAUGCUCAUCUUCAGCACAUUAUAGUAUAAAAAUCAUUUUUCCAUUUCUAUAUCUGCUCAUAUUUUCCUUCAUGUUCGGGACAAUCAGUUUUCUGUCCUAUGUGUUGAUUAUAGCUUGAAAAUUUGAUAAGUAUUUAUGACUUGGAGAAACCUAUAUGAAACUAUUAUUUGAUGUUUCUAGAGUUCAACUAGAUGAGAUGAUUCAGUAUUCAUUGAGAAAAAAAAAUACUGGUAUGAACACUUUGGGUAGUUUCAGUUAAGAAAAAACUACGAUUAGUAACAUCAGGUAUUAUGAUUAUUAUAUGAAUAAAUAAAAAUUAAUUUGGAUGGUACAUUAAUUUGUCCAUAUUGUAUGUGAGAAGCUAUGCACAUGACUAUUGCCAAUAUAUUAUUCUCGGGGGAGGUUCACUUGCAUUUAAUAAACCGUCACAUAAGCGUUUUGAUGACGUGACAAUUUUUUUAAGAAGGAGGGAACAAGUGAGUUUUAUGGGGAUGAGGCUAUCUGCACUCGUCCUACUCUAAAAAAAAUAUUCCGACCUAUUCAUCAACAUUUUAAAAUACAUUAGCCAAACUUCCGCAUCCAUAACUAAUCUAUAUCUCAACCUAUAUAAAUUACCACAUUUUUAUCAAUAUAUAUCAAACACACAUACCGUAGGCCCUACCACCCACAUCCUUCCCACCCAAUAUGACACCACGGUUGCGUAGAAGAGAGUGAACUCUAUAAAUGAGGUUUUCCUUGCACACUCUAACUUUAGAGUAUCAUAUAAGGUGUAUGGCUGCAACAUUUUUCUACUGCACACAUAACUGGAUGUGUGUAGGGUAUGGUUUGCAGUUCUUCACUGCGGAUAGUCUGAAACCUCUUGACACGAUUAUCAAUUCUCUUUAAGUCAUGAAAUUAACCAUAGAAUAAAACUUUUCAUUAAGAAUGUGUUUCGUUUCAUUUUAUAUGACAUGGCAGUCAUAACCAUAGAAUAAAACUUUUCAUUGAUUGUUUUGUAUUGAGUGAUACGAAUCAUAUGGAUUCUGUAGUUACCUGGAAGGACACUUACCUAACAUCCUGUGGAGUCCCUCUCAAAUAGCUCUGUUGUAGCCUUGUAGGUGGGCCAGUGUGGAUCACUAUUGUUAGUGGUGGUAGGCCCCAUUUGAAGCAGCUUACUAGCCGGCUGAUGUGUAAGUGAUUCUAUGAACCUAAUUUCUCCAACAGGCAUAGCUUGUAGGCUUAGUAAGCAGCAGGUAAUAGCUAGCAGGCACGUUUGGUUUCUAAGAUCAGCAGACAGACACAUUUUCUUGAUAGCUUUGCUUGCAUAUGAGCCAUCCGUACACUUGUGCGGAUUGCGUCAAGGAUAGUCUCAAGCUGAUAGCCUUUAUCUUUCGAAAAGCAUAAUAUACUUUUCAAAAGGGUAAAUGAUGAUGCACACUAGAUGAUUCUGUUCUGCCCCCCUUAUGCAGUGUGUUUUGUGCUGUUAUGCCUACCUGUGUUAAAAACUGAUCAAUGAUUGAGACGGCUCACAUUUUUUUGGUCCACAGAUUCAUUCUGAACUCGUUAUUAUUCAGUAAAUCACUGUAGGAGAAAUAGAAUUGGAAAACAUAUAUAUCUUUUUUUUCUUCUCUGGUACCUAAGAAACAUAUCCUUGGGGACAUACCUGAAAAGCUUUGUUGCCACUCUUAGAAAGUGCAUUCCAUCCAUAUAAUAGUCUGAUGGCUUCUUUCUCAUGGAAAAGACAGGCAGUGAGAUGAGCCCGCGUCAAGCAAGCACUACCAGCAGCAGAGAUGCCACAGCACUGGGCAGUACCACGGCCAGUACCACGGUCAGUCGGUCCACUAGUGACCUUCCCUCCCUCCCCAUUCCCCAAGCAUGCAUAUAUUUAUGUGUGUGCCUUGGAAAGCCUGGGCUCUUAAACCAGACCAGAAAGAAGGCAGGUGAGGUGAGGUGAUGCAGAUGACCCGGCUGGAAGACCUGACCCCUGCUCCAUCCAUGGAGCAUUCCUCGAGGCCGACCCUGGGGUUUCCCCUGGGAACUGCUCUCCUGCUCCUCGUCAUCUUUGCCCUGAGCGGCAUGUUCUCGUGUUGCUACCACUGGGACAAGCUCCGCGCCCUCCUCCGGUCUCGGCAUCCCGACAUGUUCCUGGAGGCCGAGGAGCAUACGGCCGUCUCCGUGGCGUCGUCAUCGCCGCCGAGAAAGGCGGUUUCUGGUCACAAGCUGGAGAGAUCGGGGGAAGAGCGCGGUGUGCCCGUUAUUAUUAUGCCUGGAGACAAGGUCCCCAAGUUCUUGGCGAUGGCGAGGCCCAGCCCUCGCGGCCCCGAAGCAGCAGCAGAGAAGACCACCGAAUGUCGGGAUCAUCAGGAACCCUCCGUCAGUAUCUGUAUACAUGAUGAAAGCACAGUUAGCUGUUAGCAUGAUUUGAUCGAGUGUAUAUAUGUGCAAUUUGCUUGCUUGCUAACACAUCUCUCUCUCUCUCUCUCUCUCUCUCUCUCUCUCUCUCUCGUGUGUUAAACUAGAUAGAGUUUGAAAGGACAAAAACAGUCCUAGCUAGCUAGGUAACUGGCUGUUGUUGAAUGCUACUGUACCCAGCCUGUAAUCCAAAGAGCAAAGGGGGCUAGUGAAGAAGAAUGUUCUUUUAUUUAUGCUCUUUAAUUGGAGCAUGGAUCAGUCCUAUGGAAGAAGAAGCUAUUUAUUGUUA